GGCUGCGCCCCCAGCGCCCGAGCUCGCUACAAUGUAGCAGGGGCAGCUGGGGUGCGCUGCGGACCCGGCGGGCCGUGCUGGGGCCGGGCGGACCCUGCGCUGCGGACCCGGCGGGCCAUGAGCAGUGUCACAGGCAGAGGGGGUGAGCACCUGGGGCAGGUGCCGUGCCCUGGCGCGGGCUCCCCUCACCUCUGCGUGGUCCGGCAGGUUGGCCUGCUAUGGAAUGUGAUGAGAAGCUGCUCCGGUUCCGACAGGCCCACCUCAACCCCUUCAACAAGCAGCCGGGGCAAGGCCAGCAUGACCAGGAGGCUGGGGACGACCUUUCUUGUCGAGACUCGCUGCUGGGGCUGUCCCACGGGGACCCCGGGUUCCAGUGCUCGGAGCGCGUGAUGGACUUGGGGCUGGCGGAGGACCACUUCUCCCGCCCUGUGGGCUUGUUCCUGGCCUCCGACAUCCAGCAGCUGCGGCAGGCGAUCGAGGAGUGCAAGCAGGUGAUCCUGGAGCUCCCUGAGCACUCGGAGAGGCAGAAAGACGCUGUGGUGAGGCUCAUCCACCUGCGCCUGAAACUCCAGGAGCUGAAGGACCCCAGCGAAGACGAGCCCAACAUCCGGGUGCUCCUGGAACAUCGCUUCUACAAGGAGAAGAGUAAGAGCGUCAAGCAGACGUGUGACAAGUGCAACGCCAUCAUCUGGGGCCUGAUUCAGACCUGGUACACCUGCACAGGGUGUUACUAUCGCUGUCACAGCAAGUGCCUGAACCUCAUCACCAAGCCCUGCGUGAGGUCCAAGGUCAGCCACCAGGCCGAGUACGAGCUGAGCAUCUGCCCCGAGACAGGCCUGGACAGCCAGGAUUACCGCUGUGCGGAGUGCCGGGCGCCCAUCUCCCUCCGGGGUGUGCCCAGCGAGGCCAGGCAGUGCGACUACACCGGCCUGUACUACUGUGGAAACUGCCACUGGAACGACCUGGCCAUCAUCCCGGCCCGCGUCAUCCACAACUGGGACUUCGAACCCCGCAAGGUCUCCCGCUGCAGCAUGCGGUACCUUGCCCUGAUGGUGUCGCGGCCGGUGCUCAAGCUGCGGGAAAUCAACCCCCUUCUCUUUAACUACGUGGAGGAGCUGGUGGAGAUCCGGAAGCUGCGCCAGGAUAUCCUGCUCAUGAAGCCCUACUUCAUCACCUGCAAAGAGGCCAUGGAGGCUCGUCUGCUGCUUCAGCUGCAGGACCGGCAGCACUUUGUGGAGAACGACGAGAUGUACUCGCUGCAGGACCUGGUCGACAUCCAGGCUGGGCGCCUCAGCUGCUCCUUAACGGAGAUCCACACCCUCUUUGCCAAGCACAUCAAGCUGGACUGCGAGCGGUGCCAGGCGAAGGGCUUUGUGUGUGAGCUCUGCAAAGAAGGGGACGUGCUCUUCCCGUUCGACAGCCACACGUCGGUGUGCACGGACUGCUCUGCUGUCUUCCACAGGGACUGCUACUAUGACAACUCAACGACGUGCCCCAGGUGUGCCCGGCUCAGCCUGAGGAAGCAGUCGCUCUUCCGAGGCCCCAGUGCGGAGGAGCAGGCCUAGGGUCCCCCAGUGCCCCCCCGACCUUGGCACCAAAGAACAUUGGAGAGAACUGGGCGUUCCAGAGGGGCGCGGCUGCAGCACUGGGGCUGCAAGAUCUGAACUAGCUGCCACUGGGGGCGGCCCCCGGGCCAGGGAGCGAGAUGUCGCCCAGGCCCGAAGGAGUUCUUUGCCCUGGGACUCUGGGACCAGCCCAGCACGCUGCCUGUUGCUGGGAGGCAGCUCAGCGGGUUCUGAACCCAGCUCUGAAAACGCCUGUGCUUGGGGGCAGUGGCGUUCCGGGCUCUGCUGCUUGCAGGUGAUUUGCCCCCGGCCUGUGCUGAGUGUUGAGUUCCCUGCUGCAGGUGCUUGCUGGCCUGGGCCGAGAGGAGGGAGGUGGCUGUGGUAAGGAAGAGCUGCUGUGUGCACGCUGAUCACGGCUCUAACUCCUCCUUUGGAGAAGCCCAUUUCUAACGCUGCCUCUGCGCCCCAGCAAGCCCCUCCUAGCAUGGUCCGGCAUGCCAGCCUCCAUUGGCGUUACAGCACGCCCUCUGCCAGCUGCUCGGUGCUCUCCGGUUGGUGCAUGCGCGUCUAAAGGGCCGCGUUGGCCUCUGACUGGCCGGGCUGGCUUCGGGCGUGAGCUCAGGGAGCCUCCCCUUGAGGUGUCUGGCCGUGGCCCUGCUGGCGAGGGGCCUGUGUGCAAGGAGUGUGAGACUCAGGCUGGUCCCUUAGGGACACGUGUCCACAUCAUGUCCCUGUCCUCACCGGCAUUUCUCAGCCCCGGCUGGGCUGGGCCAUCGAGCCCGUCCCAGUCCUGUCCAUGGGCCCUGCAGGGCCGGAGUGAGGCACAGAGGCUGGGCUGGUGGAACGGUUCGCGCUCGGUUCCCAGCCUCGCUAGGCUGAUCUGGCUGGCCUCCCCUGGAGCCGGAGCCCUUGGGGCACGCCGUCUGCUGAGGGAGGACGCGAAUGCCGUGGGCUGCAGGCUGGAGCAUGUUGCGUCUUGCUCAAAGCCUGCCAGCACCUGGUGCUGGCUCCCUCCAGCUCCCCGUGAAUGCGGGCGGCACCUCUUUGGCUGUUUAAAGAGAGACACUCGCAGAAAUGAGUUUAGGGCUGAAGUAGAGCUGCUCCUUACAUGGCCUUUCCCAGGACCCUCCUGUGCCGUUCAGAGGCCAGGGCCUCCGGUUGGAGUCUAGCUGCUUUAGUCUUGUAUUUGUUUCCGUGCCCAGCCCGGCAGUGCCCAGAGCAGUGCCAGCAUCUCCUCGGUGCUGGGAGCGUAGGGCUUGCAGUCAGCGUGGGACGGGAGCACCUGCUGGCUCCAUACACUGACUGCUGCAGGAGCUAAGAGAGGCACCGGCCUCCCGCGCCACCAGCGGGAUCCAAACCUGGCCCUUACACACACAUGUAAGUGACCCGGCUGCCAGCCUGCGGCUCCCGCAGUGCAACUGCCGCUCUCUCUCGCCAGGGACAGGACAGGCAGGAGACGUUCAGCGUCAUCCCUUUAAAUAAAAAAGUACCUGGGAUGGACCCCUCAAGGCUUGAACUCUAAGCCAGCCCCGUGCCCCCAGGUACGGCCUGGAAUUUAAAAGUGCACCGGGGAGGGAGGGCCCUGCUGCUUUACGCAGGGUGUUUGGGUGGAAGAGAGAGCACCAGGGCCUCCCACCCCCUGCCUCACCCGUCUUGCUGCUGCUGUUACUGGGAUACACUGGUGGGGGGCUAGGAGCUAGCUGGGGGCCGUCUCCCCAUGCUGCAAUCCCACCUCCCCACUGCAGGGCAGACGGGUUUUCAGCAAGCAGAACCAAGGACUCGAGGCUGCUGGGCCCGGCCAGGGAGGGACGCAGGCUUUGGGCAGUGACCGUGACGGAGCUCUGGGGGGGUAGCUACGGGAUGAGCACUAAUCCUUUAGUCUUCCUUUUUCUACAGCUGGGGGAGCAGGGCUGUGGGCUCUGUGCAGGGCCGAGCCCCUCCGUCCCAGGGGAAGUGGGAACUAGCAGGCUUUGUUCUAAUCGCUUUUCCUCUUGUCGGUUCCGCCCCAGCCGUCUGUGGGGCUCUCGCAUCACCAGGGGAGGGGCUGUGUAUGAAACGCCCUGGAUAGCAAGUGAAACACACGCUACCUGUUUGUAACCCGAUUUCCCAGAGGAUGCGUUUCAGCUGCUGGGCCACUUCCACUCCCUUUGGAUAAGGGACUUGCUUCUAGUCCCAGUGCUAAGGGCAGGCUGAAGCCAGCAGAGGCCCUGAGCUAUUGCUUAGAGCUGGAGUCCAAUCAAAGGGGGUUGGAAUGGAAACACCACCUCUGCUGAACGGGGUGUGGGCAGUCAGACCCCUCUGGGAACCGAGAUGGGCCAGAGGUAGCACCCCCACCCCCUGAGCCAAUGUAGUGUGGGGCGGGCCAUUAUUGCCAGGUCCCAACUGCCUCUGACCUCUUCCUCCGCUUGGAUCAUAGUGUUUGCUAUUAGCAAACGCUGGGAUUGUUACUGGGCUUCUGUUAACCCCCACGCUCAGUUUUCACUUGCUCAUUUCAUUUCUUUCUCAGUAGUUCUCCACGGAUGAAACUUCUCCUUCCCCCUGACCGCAUCCCGCCCCCAGGACUGUUACACAUUGAAACCCUCCCACUUCACACUGGCAUGAACUCAGCCUCUGGUUCCCCUCUGCAGUGCGGAUGUUAGAUACUCUGGGUUUGGUGUAGUUGUCAUGGCCCAAGCCUUUAAACUCUAACUCCCUUUUCGAGGGUUUGUAACUUUCACCUGCUAGGCGUCCCUGUCCUGGGCUCUGACCAGAGGCGAGUGCUUGGAGAAAGGGUCCGUGACAGCAGCUCUGCCUCUCCGGAGAAAGCUGGCCCUUGUCUCUUAGUGAAAAUGAACCACCACAUGUCUGGGACGCUCCUCAAAAAGUGAGCUGCUGCCUCAACCUUCUCUUAAUGGUUUUAUGUUUAACGGCUAGUCCGCCAGAGCGGGUGUGCAACAAUGCGUGAACACUAGCGUGAGCACUUUAAUUUCUGUACAGACGUGUAUGUUGGUUCUGUUUGAGUAGAAAUAACAAACCUUGCUACAGAAUCAUUGUUUACCCUGUAAGUCCCUGACUUUUUCUUGGUUUCUAGAAACACUAUGUUUGCCUGUGUGGGUGAGAGAUUCAGAUGGCAGGCUCCAGGCAGGCAGGGGGGAGGAUCGUUGUGAAGCUGGGGUGAGGCGGCGGUGGUGGUGGUUUUUUUAAGUUUAGUUCUUAAUCUUGCAAUGACAAAGUCUUAAGAGGAAAGCGUUCUCCCCGCCGCCCUCCCCCCAGUUCAGAGGGCAGGACUAGCAGCGCGAGUGUGUUUUACACCCCUGCCCAGUCACCAGAGCCUAGGCAUGGAAGAGCACUUGCUGAACCUGCUGUUCCACACGCUUGCAGAAGCCUGACAAGUAGCAUAUGCCACAGGUGUGGCCACAUGUGCUAGCCUGUGGCAGGAUGGGCAGUCCUGAGGGAAGGGUGCAAUUCCCACCUUCCAGGCGGUAUUGUGUAUAACCCGACUGCCAUACGUUUAUCAGACCCAGUGCUGUUGCACCUAUGGCAAGAGACAGUCUAGGCCCCUAGGCCAGCUGCUCCAUGGCCUUUAUUAAAUGCACCUUGGAAAGAGUGACUGCAGCAGCUGCCGCGUUGCACCUGAGCCCCAGACAGAUCAUUGUAAUUGUGUGUGUAUUGUUACCAGACCCUCGGAGUCUGUAACUUCAGGAGUGCUUCGAGUAGCAUUAACAAUGGGAAAGAUACCACAGACAGAACGAUGGCAUGAUCCUUGCCUGUAUCUGGAAGGGAAAAGACAGGGGAAGUGGCUGUCUGCAUGGCAGCUGGGAGUGUACCUCCUAGGCCGACUAGACAGAUACAGCUGGUUCUGCUUGAGCUACCGGGCUAAAAAUAGUUGUGUGAAUGUUGUGGCACGUGAGGACAAACCCAUCUGCCCUCUUUGCAGCUCUGAGCUCGUGGGGCUGGCAACCUUUGGCACCCAGCCCAUCAGGGUAAAACCGCUGGUGGGCCGGGCCGGUUUGUUUAUCUGGAGCAUCCGCAGGCAUGGAGCUCCCACAGGCUGCGAUUCGCCAUUCCUAGCCAAAGGGGGGUAUAGGAAGCGGUGUGGGCUGAGGGACGUGCUAGCUACUGCUUCCCACAGCUCCCAUUGGCCAGGAUUGGCAAACCACAGCCCGCGGGAGCUGCGGGGCUCCAUGCCUGCGGACGCUCCAGAUAGACAAACCAACCUGCCAGUGACUUUACCCUGGCGGGCUGGGUGCCAAAGGUUGCCGACCCCUGAGCUAGGCCAUGCCACACUGGCCACACUACUAUCUUUAGCAGGUAGCUGAAGCAGAGCUAGUGUGUGUCUGUCUGUCCAGCAUGGGAGGCAUGUUUCUAGCUACAUUGUGAAUAUCCCCUCUUACAGUGCAGUCUGAUUCCUUGCCAUGCCUGCCCUCCUGUCAAGGGGUCACUUCAUAAUGAGAACAAAACUGUUUAGCUGACACAGCUGCCCUGUAAUCUGCACAGCAAGAGAGGACAGAACCAGGACCAAAAGUUUGCAGUUCGCAAAGUGUGAAUGACAAAAACAAAACCUCUGGGGAAGUUUCCCUGUGGCUACACCACAACUUGGUGGCUGUAGCAAGGGGGAGGAAUGGGGGAUAGUAGCACAGGAAUCGAACGUACGAUGGAAUUGAUUCAAUAAACCACUGUAUUUGAUCAUUUUAA